GAAGCUCGUUCAAUUUUUUCCUAUUCUCCGAGACGGGACGCCGAGAGGUCCGGCCAAUUUCCUCCGGCGCAUCGAUAAUUACCGCGUUACGUUAACUCGCCUCGAAGGUCCUAGUUCAGCGGUGUUCGGUUCAGCCGGCCGGAUCCGUUGCAGAAUCUUGCGACACGUUUUACAACCGAAGCCGGCAAGCGUGGCCGGGUGUGCGCACCGUCGGAAAUUCGUCGGAUGCGACGUGUAGUUAAAUUGCGGUACGGUGUAACGCGUGGAAAACGGCCGGUGAAUCGUCGUACGUUAUGGAGAAACCCAUAGUGCGCGCAAGGGUGGUCAAAGUCCUCGGCAGGACCGGUUCCCAGGGGCAGUGCACGCAGGUCAAGGUGGAGUUCCUGAACGAGCAGAACAGACAGCUGAUCCGGAACGUUAAAGGGCCCGUUCGCGAGGGGGACAUACUCACCCUCUUGGAAUCCGAGAGGGAAGCGAGACGACUGCGCUAGCGUUACACGGGGGGGCAUCUUUUAUCGGGGGCCCCCCAUAAACGGAAUCGGAAUCCUGCGACCCCGAAGGUAGUUCGAGUAACAACGAUGUCUAUCCUCGGGAACAGCGAGAAGAUUUCCACAAUUUUUGUAUGAAUUAUUUUAUAACACGUGUACUACCCCGUCGCCGAACAGUUGUCACGAUGGAUGUUAUAGAGCGAGUAUAAUAAACGAGCAUCCAGCAAAUAAAUAUGUAAUACCAGCAGAAUGUUA